UUGAAAGCGCUAUACGUUGUGUGUGUAUAUAUGUGUAUGUGUGUGUGUGUGUGUGUGUGUGUGUGGGUGUGUUUUCCUGUAAAACGUCUGACGCCUGAACACGAGACAUGAUUGAGUUUUACCAUGUUGAAACUUCUGCUGCUGUUAUGGGUUUUCAGUUACAGUGAAACCAUCCCUAUACAUGUGGCAGGAAAAAAGGGAGGCGGCAUCAUCCUGCCGUGUGAAUUUAAGGCCAGAGAGAUUUUUCAUAUUCGUUUGAACAGACCAAAACCCUUUGAAGGAGAAAUCUUUGUUUAUGAUAAGAAAUACUGCAGUAAGCGAAUAUGUAAAAAAGGAGCAUGUGACGUCGUCAUCAAUGAUCUGAGACUGAGUGAUGCUGGAAAAUACAUUUUAAAUGUCUAUUACAAUAAUGCUAACUCAGUGCUGGAGCCACACAUCAGGACGUACCAACUUCAUAUUUAUGAUGAUAUUUCUGUGAAAAUCGGUGAGGAGCUGAAGUUGGAUGUUCUGUUGCCAGAUGCUCGUCAAGUUAUGCAUCAAAACAUAAGCAGCACAGAAUGGAAGAAGGUGUGGAAGAAAGACAGCAAGUCAAGGGUUAAUAGAGUAAACGAUCGACUGAACGACAGUAAUGGGACUCUGAGCAUUAAAGAGUUUACGGCUGAUGAUGCAGGAACAUACAGAGUUCUGGGCUUUGAAGGAGAAAUCUUGAUCACAGUGACAGUCACAGAUGAGAAAUCAAUAUCCUCCACAGAAUCAAAGGGAAAUCUGACCUGCGCGGAUGAUGACAAAAAACGUAAUCACUGGGGAUUGUUCGGGCCGGCGGGACUGUUUGUAUCGGUUGUGUUUACGCUGCUGGUUAUGAUUCUGAUUGCUAUCAUCAAAAAGAUGCAGUGACGAGAUGUUCUGCUCAUCUGUCUCCAGAGCCAAAAGAUCUGCAGAGUUUUCUAUCAACAUAUCUCUGCAAUAUAAUAAGCCUAUACACUCUAUUUAUUUUAUUUAAGUUAAACUCUAAUCUGACUCCAUUUUAUUAUGACCUGGAAUUUAGAUUGUCAUACAAAUUGGUUGCUUGACCAUUUCUAAUUAUUAUUAUUCUGACAUCAGAUUAUUCCAUCUAUUCUUUAAUAUUAUUGUACUCAUUCAUUUGGGUGCUCAUGUCGCUCAAAGAUAUGGCUUCGGUCGUUAGCGUAUCUUACGGUCACAUUCUCGUCAGUCUUUGCUCAUUCUAAAAGUACUUCUAAUUAGAUUUGUACACACUUGAUCAUGCCAUGGUUUCUCCAUGUACACUUAGCUAGAGUAACAUUACAAUAAACAGAGGUUAGGCUCACCCUAUUUAGGUUGGUCGAACAACAUCCAGUUGACCUAACGGAAAUUCCCUAUAAGCCCUUACAAUCUAAAUACACUUGAACUAAUACCAAGUGUUAGCCGGAUCUCUAAAGAUACAGUUGUUGUGCCCUAUGCUCCAUCUCAACUGAAUUUUAGUCCGUUACUAACCUGACGCAGCAAAUGCAGUAACAAGGAUACAACGUAAUCUACUAGAGUCAAUAAUUACAGAGUAAAACAGAAUAGAAUGAAAUGUAACAAUGUAUUAUCGGUCAGGUAAAUAUGUAAUAUGC